AUGGGAAACAUUUGCUCGCGCGCUUCCAACGACCCCGAAGCCUUCUCCAGUCCCGGCCGCGUCGUCGGAACAAAUCCCUCCAAUCAAUCCGCUGCCCCACGAGCCUCCGUCCCCGCAAAGGCCAAUUGGAAGAAUAGCCCGGGUCGAACACUAGGCGACAACGCCGGAGCGCAAGGCGAUAGUGACGAAGCCCGAUCCAAUGCCGCAAUUGCUGCCCAGGUGAGUAAACCCGAAGCUGCACGCACUUCUGUCUUGCGGAAUGCCGAGCUCCCAGCUACCAUGAAACGGGCCGAGACCGCAUCUUCCGGCAACAAGGGCAAAUUAGGGUCCAAACUGGCAGCGCAAAAGGCGAAGACUCAGACUCAGACGCUCAAUGAGGCUAGUGAGACAGAGCGUGCGACCCGCGCCCAGGACGACCAAAGGGAGGUGGCGGCUUAUCAAUAG